AGUUAUAACCGACGAGGAAGAAGAGGAAGAGGAGGAGAACAGGAGACCCAGUUCAGUGGAAGUCAGUAAACCAACGCUCUCAGCUCUGAAGGCUACAGAAAAUGGACCAAAUCCAGCACAAGUUCAUCGACGUACGGGGACUGAAGCUCCACUUUGCCGAGAUAGGAGCUGGUCCUAAGGUGGUCGUGUUCCUACACGGGUUUCCGGAGAUAUGGUACACGUGGCGCAACCAGAUGAUCGCCGGAGCAAACGCCGGGUUCCGAGCGAUCGCACCCGAUUACAGAGGGUACGGACUCUCCGACCCUCCACCCGAACUCGAAAAGGCUGGCUUUGAUGAUCUUCUCAGUGAUCUCCUUGCAAUUCUCGAUGCCCUCGGAAUUGCCAAGGUUUUUCUUGUUGCAAAGGAUUUUGGAGCUCGGCCUGCCUACCUUUUUGCCAUUCUCCACCCGGAGAGGGUCUUGGGAGUUGUAACAAUAGGAGUGCCUUUCAUGCCACAGCGCUCUACAUUCCAUAAGCACCUUCCUGAAGGCUUCUACAUUUCAAGAUGGAGGGAGCCUGGACGAGCAGAAGCGGAUUUUGGGCGCUUUGACACUAAAACAGUUGUAAGGAAGAUUUAUAUCCUAUUUUCCAGAAGUGAAAUGCCAAUAGCUGCAGAAAACCAGGAGAUCAUGGAUUUGGUGGAGCCAUCUACUCCUCUUCCACCUUGGUUCACAGAGGAAGAUCUCGCCGCAUAUGGAGCUCUGUAUGAGAAAUCUGGAUUCCCAUCUGCAUUGCAAAUUGCAUAUAGGUCAGGUGAAGGCUUCAAAAUAACAGAUCCAACAGUGAAAGCUCCAGCACUUUUGAUAAUGGGCGGUAAGGACUAUAUCCUCAAAUUUCCAGGCAUAGAGGAUUACAUAAAGAGUGGGAAGGUGAAAGAGUUUGUACCCGAUUUGGAGAUCACAUUUUUGCCUCAAGGGACCCAUUUUGUUCCGGAGCAGUCACCUGAGGAGGUGAAUCAGCUAAUCCUCUCCUUCCUUAGCAAGCAUGUUUGAUCAUGGACACUUCAGUUAAGGUUAGUUGUCUGCUAGUAACGUCUGAAGUUUGGCCGAGUUUUACUUGUGUACUUGUAAAAUCUGAACCGUAGUUUUUAUAUGAGUUAAGUUUCAAUAA